GGAGACAGAGCAGAGAAGAGACUAAAGUUACAUUGCCAUGUUCAACAUCAAACGUUACGAUGUCGAGGAGCAAUCUUCUGAUAAAAACACUUCUUCCAAUGCCACGUUGUCAGCGCAGGAGCGUCUCAUAAAGCUCAAUGCUCGUUUGAAUAAGAAUAAGCCUCAUAAAGAGCUACAAGAGAAGGAGGAAAACAAAAACAAAGACAAGACGCAACAACAGCAACAGCAACAGCAACAACAGCAGUCGUCUUCAAAACAUUUGAGAUACGACAACAAUGACUCAAUAGAAACCAAUCCCUAUAAACAAAAGCGUGCUCGUGAACAGGAAGAUCAGCAUCAUUUAAAGAAGCAUGGUAAAAAGUGGGAGAAGAGAGAGAAAGAAUUGAAGGACAGUGAUUUGGUCCCGAAUGAUGUUCGGUUAGCAAUGAAGGCAGAAGCAGAGGCAGCAGAGGCAUUGGCAAGAGGGAUUCUUCAACCCAUUAAUAGUGUGCCUGAACCUACAGCUGCUUCUGCACCUUCACUUAAAUCAACACAACAACAACAACAACAAGAUAAUAAAGAAGAUGAAGAAAUGGAGAAAAAAGAAGAAGAGGACAAGGAUAUUACUUCUGAAGGACAAAAGCAGGAAGCAGAAGGAGGAAUGGAUGAUGUCGCUAUGGAUGCAGCUUUAGCAGAUAUUGAAUCUGCAUUGGUACCACUUCCAACUUUUGAAGUAAAAGAGAUUACAGCUGAAGAAAAGGAGCGAGCCAAAUCUAUGGGUAUCCCAGACUGGUUAGCCCAUCCGAUCAAGAUUGAACCAGAGACGAACACACCGAUUGAUGCACCCAUGUUUAGACUCUCCUCAAGGCUGAUCAAGCAAUGCAAAAAAGCCGGGAUUACAGAGUGUUUUGCAGUCCAGACAGCAGUGAUUCCGGUGUUGAUGAGGGCUAGGCAUUUGGGAGAUAUUCGUAAGGCGCCAGGAGAUUUAUGUGUGUCUGCACCGACAGGAAGUGGAAAGACACUGGCUUACGUUCUUCCGAUCAUUGAGAUUUUGUCCCAGCGUGUGGUCACUCGCCUUCGUGCACUUGUUGUACUUCCAACACGAGAUCUUUGUGUCCAAGUGAAAGAAACGUUUGAAACGUUUGUGAAGGGAACAGAUUUGAAGAUUGCCACAUCAACAGGGCAAAACUCAUUUGCACAUGAGCAGAACAUCCUUGUAGGAGAAACCUAUGCACGCCCUAAUGGACCCAAAGUACUUGGAGGACAUAGUCGAGUGGAUAUUCUAAUCACGACUCCAGGACGGCUGAUUGAUCAUAUCAAAUCAACACCUAAUUUUACGUUGCAACAUUUGAGAUUCUUGGUGAUUGAUGAAGCAGAUCGGUUGUUGAACCAGAGUUUCCAAGAUUGGUUGUAUCAUAUCUUGACAGCUAUUCAUCCUUCACCCGAACGAAAAUUGCUGGGCAUAGAUGGAUCUGAAAAUAUUCAAUUGAAACGGGACCAGUAUGGCUUCCCAAUCCAUGAUGCCAUUGCACCAGCGUUUUUGCCAUCAUUUUUCCGCCUACCCGAGUCAGAUGUAGAGGACCCCAAGGCACUAUCAGUUCAAAAACUGCUCUUCUCCGCUACAUUGACUAGGAACCCAGCCAAGAUUGCUAGCUUACAGUUAUCAGAUCCUCAAUAUGUAGCGGUGCAGGAAGGAGGCCUGGAUGGAGACGAGAAGCAAAAGUAUACCACACCUGCUGGACUCACGGAAUAUAUGAUUGUCUGUGAAUCAUCAGAGAAACCAUUGAUGGUGCUUCAUCUGUUGUAUAACCGCAAUGUUCGUUCUGCAUUGUGUUUUACUAAAUCCGUUGAAUCAGCACAUCGGUUAUGCAAGCUUAUUCAGCUAUAUGAGAAAACGAGAACUGCACCUGUAUCGUCAUCAUCAUUGUCAACAAUACCAAAAGACAACAAAGUGGAUAGUGAAAUCAAAGAACGGAGUAAAGGGGAUGAAAGUCAAGGGGAUAGUGAACCAGAUGAUGGAAAUAACGAUGAUGAUGAUGACAGCAGUAGCAGUAGUAGUGAAGACAGUGAUAGCGAAGAUGAAAAUGAGAGCAGCGAUGAUGACGAUGAAGAAGAAGAAGAAGAAGACGGGAGCGAAAAGAGUGAUGUUGAGAUGGAGGAUGUUGAGACGACUACCAAAUCUACAGAUCCAUUCGACUCUUCUUCGGAAAUAGAGGUUGAUCCCUCAAUAUCAACAACGACGACGACGGCGACGGCGACGAUGUCAGCACCCCCUAUUGUUGUUGCGGAAUAUUCCUCCGACCUACCAAAAUCCAAGCGUCAGUCUAUAUUACGAGCAUUCAACAAGGGUGAAAUCCAUUUGUUGAUUUGUUCAGAUCUGAUCUCUCGUGGUAUGGAUCUGUCGCCGGUUUCGGUGGUGAUCAACUAUGAUGUACCUGUGUAUAUGAAAAAGUACAUUCAUCGUGUGGGUAGAACAGCGCGUGCGGGUAAGACUGGAACAGCGUAUUCACUAGUGGAGAUGCAAGAGGCCAGACACUUUAAGGAGAUGGUAUCGAAGGCUGGUCAUUGGGAGAAGAUCCAUAGGAUGAAGAUCAAGGACCAGGAGACGAAGGAGUUGGUGCCUGCGUAUACCAAGGCCCUUGCAGGACUGAAGGAAGCUCUGGUCUCAUCGAGAGCUGCUAGUAGGAAAGGUAUCCAUCGGAGGGCGCGCAAAUAAAAAAUAAAAUAAAAUAAAAUAAAAU